UUCAAAGGUGAAAGUGGAAAAGUAGAAGGCAAAAAAGAAAAAGGAGACUGAAAAUUUGAUUUCUUACGAUAAUAUUACUUGAAAAUUAUCGCAUCAAAGUCAUCCAGAACAGGUAGCAAAUGAUGACAGGGUUUCCUAACUGGUGGAGCAUGCAUCCACCAUCUUUCAUCCCUCCCCAAUAUCUUCUUCCACCUUCUUCAUUUUCUUUUAAUCUUUUCACCCAAAAUCCAGACCCUCCUCUUUCCACUGGAUUAUCCGGAGAAGAAGAGAAACUUGGUUUCAUCGAUUUUCAGCCGAAAACGUUGGGAAGCUGGGAUGUCCAAAUUCUUAACACUGCUUCUUAUGGAGUUUCUAAUAACUUUGAUGAAACAAAGCAAGAAAAUUCUCAAAGGGGCACUUUGUACGAACAUGGGCGUCAAGAAUUUCAGCCCGCUGACUCAUCUUGGUCACACAUGGUGCCUGUUUCUUCUCCCGGCUCUUCUUCUGUCACUACCACCAUCAGUGGUAAUAACAAUAUAUUGGAUUUCACUUAUAAUAACUCAGAUCACAGAAAAAAUCUUCUACAAGACCAAAUAUCCGAGUGUAAUAGCACAGCAACACUUAGUGUUUGUAAGAAAGCUAGGGUUCAGUCAUCUUCGAGUCAAGCACCUCUCAAGGUUCGGAAGGAGAAGCUAAGUGAUAGAAUAACAACACUUCACCAACUAGUUUCCCCGUUUGGAAAGACUGACACAGCUUCUGUCUUGUUGGAAGCCAUUGGAUAUAUAAGGUUUCUGCAGGGUCAAAUUGAGGCACUAAGUUCUCCUUACUUGGACGAUGCAUCAAAAAACACGACGAAUCAACAGUCUGUUGAUGGAGAAAGAACCUGUGUUUUUCCAGAGGAUCCGGGUCUGCUGUUGAAAGAGAAUAAUGGCCUGAAAAGAAAAGGAGGUACAAACCAGGAAGCAGAAGAUAAAGCAAAGGAGUUGAAGAGUAGAGGGUUAUGCUUGGUGCCGGUGUCUUGUACCCAACAUGUUGUGACCCAAAAUGAGUGGCACGGAAGAGGAUUUUAAACAUCAUGUACUCACUCUGAUCUAGGUACAAGGAUUUGGUAUUCAAAUAUUUUGCUUCUUCUAAACAUGCAUUAUCAAGAUCCAACUGAAAUUCUUCUGUUCACAUUAUUGAAAUUACAUUCAGCCUUCUUCUAUGACAAAUUUGCAUGGAGACAUGCAUGCAUGUAGAAGUAAAAUGAGGUAGUUCAAGUCUCAGUAUAUAAUGAGCGAUUGGAUAAUUUUGUUUGUGGUGUUGAAGAAUUGUAUUUGUUGAGAAUUUGUAAUUGUGGGGUUUGGAAGAUGCAUUUGAGACAUUUAAUGUUGUUGUUUUGUAGGAAGAAGGUUUGAAUGGUGAUUGUGGAAUUGUAUUUGUUGGUUAGUGAGUGUAAUUGGAAAAGCGAA